AUGGACUACUUCCUCCAACCUCUGGUGAGAAACAUACAGUCAUAUCUGAGAGAUUCAUCUCACCUUAUUGAGGACCUUAAAGCUGUAUCCAUUAAAGAACCUUGUAUCUUGGCUACAGCUGAUGUAAAUAGCCUUUAUACAAUCAUCCCUCAUGAGGCAGGCAAAGUGUGUGUAAUGGAAGCUCUGGAUAGAUACACCUAUGUUGGUCCUCCGAGAGACUUUUUAAUAAAACGACUGGAUUUGAGUCUAAGACUCAACUACUUUCGCUUUGAGGGUCAGUUCUACCAACAAACCUCUGGUAUGUCCAUGGGAUCCAAUGUGGCCCAUUCACUAGCCUACCUAUUUAUGGAGAAUUAUGAAACCACAGUGAUGCAGAUAUAUGACAAACCAGAGAAAACCAACCAACACGCUUCUAGUAGUCAUCCUACAGCACUUUUGAAGGUUAUCCCAAAAGCUCAGAUGAUCCAGGUUGUUGUGAACAACAGCAAAGUCCAGGGAAGACAUGAACAACUACGUGAUAUGUUUAUCCAGAGAGGAUACAAUCAACAAUUGAAUGAGAAAAGCUUUGAGCAAAAAGUUUGUGUAUAUGCUUCUACAUUAAGUGAAUCAUGGAGCACGGCUAUGAUUCCACACUCCCAGUGCUCAGAAAACUGCCUUCCUGGUCAAAGAAAAGCCCCGAUAGAAGGAAAGCCGAGCUGCUGCUAUAUCUGUGUUCCAUGUGCAGAGGGGGAAUUGUCUAAUAUUACUGAUAGUAAAAACUGUGAAAAAUGCCCUGAAGAUCAAUGGCCAAAUGAGAAAAAGGAUAAAUGUGUUCUGAAAAUUAUAGAAUUUUUGUCCUACACAAAUGAUACUACAGCAAUUCUCUUGGCUUUUUUAUCAGUUAUUUUGGCUGUAUUAACAAUUCUUGUUUUGGGAUUUUUUGUUUGCUUUAUUGAUACUCCAAUUGUUAAAGCUAAUAACCGUAAUCUCAGCUUCCUUCUCCUUAUCUCCAUCAUGCUGAGCUACCUCUGUGUGUUUUUGUUCCUUGGCCGUCCUGUGGAUAUAACGUGUAUGCUCCGUCAGAUAUCCUUUGGAAUCAGCUUCUCAGUAGCUGUGUCUUCUUUGUUGGCCAAGACUAUCAUGGUUGGCGUUGCUUUCAAAGCUACUAGACCUGGCAGCAGCUGGAGGAUAUGGGUGACUGUCAAACUAUCCUAUUCUCUAGUUAUUUGUUUGUCAUCUAUCCAAGGAUUAAUUUGUGUGGUUUGGUUGACAAUAUCACCACCUUACCAGGAGUAUAACAUGCACUCUGAGUCUGGAAAGAUUAUCAUACAAUGUAAUGAGGGAUCUACACUUGCUUUUUACUCCGUCCUGGGAUAUAUGUUUCUUCUGGCAGCUGCUAGUUUCAUCACAGCUUUCUAUACCAGGACAUUACCGGACAGCUUUAAUGAAACAAAGUUCAUAACCUUCAGCAUGUUGGUGUUCUGCAGUGUGUGGAUUGCCAUGAUCCCGGCAUAUCUCAGCACAAAGGGAAAACAGAUGGUGGCUGUAGAGAUAUUUGCUCUACUAGCGUCUAAUACUGGACUUCUAGGCUGUAUAUUUUUACCAAAAUGUUUUAUCAUUUUGUUUCGAUCUGAAACUAACACAAAAACAUAUUUGCUUGAUAGAAUCGGUAAUAUAGUCCUCUACCGGUCUCUUGCCUUGUUUAAGGUCUCUCAUUUUGGCUUCUGA